AACUCGUUGUCGCACAUUUCACCUUGAUUUUUCGAUCGAUUCAAAGAAUAUGAACGUAAUACGAACUGAAACAGCUUUAAAUGCACCAAGAAAACAACAUGAGGCACGAUUCUUGCAAGAAUUCAAUCAUCCGUUAACGAAAGAUCAUAGGAAAUUUGACAUGAAGACAAAGCGAAGGAGAACCAAUUGGAAAUCAGCAGCUACCACUUCGAACAGCUAUUCCAAAAGUCCGAAAUUUCGUAAUGCUCCAGUGCCGUCUUCUUUAUUAACCAGUACAUCGCGUUAUUGCGUUUCCAGAUCUGCAACAAAAACUACCACGGGUCCUAGUUCGAGCUUGCUCGAGUCUGCUUCUGGUGGUACAAUUCUCGCCAUAACGACCGGCCGAGGUGAUGCGAGAUCGGAAGUGGGGAUGGCCGCGUUGAAUAUCCGAUGUCCACAUUUGAUUCUUUGUCAGAUCAGCGAUGCCCAGACUUAUAUUAACGCGUUAAGCAAAUUGUAUUUAUUCGAUCCAACGGAAGUUUUGAUGCCAGACACGAUAUGCGAACGUACCACGGGGAAAUGUGCCCUUUACAAUUCGAUAAUGGAGAAAUUUCCUGAAGUAGAGCUAACCGCAAUAUCUCGUGUACACUUUAAUGACACAGUCGGACUGGAACGAAUCAAAUCACUUUGCAACCCUGAAUACUCUUCGGUGGAAUUAUUCGUUAAACAAAAAUAUUACGCAUUAGCCGCGGCUGCAGCACUAGUGAAAUACGUCGAAUACACUCAACGUAUUAUUUACACUCCAAAAUCGAUGAAAAUCGAAUUUCAAGGAUCACCGAACGCUACUAUGAUAGAUUUGGAAAGCGCACAAAGCUUAGAGUUAGUCCAGUCGCAAUGUGGUCGACGAAAUAUCAAUUUAUUAGGUAGCUUGGAUCGUUGUUUAACGCCAAUGGGUAGGAAACUUUUACGCUCAAACAUACUUCAACCCCCUUGUGAAGAACGCGUGAUUCUCGAACGACAAGCCGCCGUUACCGAACUGGUAUCCAACUCUUCGUUACGUGCGUUAAUCCAGCCCAUCAUACGACGACUUUAUGGCGCUGAUAGACUUCUGGCUUUAUCGACGAUGCCAACUAUGCACGAAAACAGCGUGCAAAAUGCAGAACACAAUUUAAAUUACGUUCUGUUAUUGAAAAAUUUAUUAGACGUCAUACCCGAACUUGGAAAGAUAUUAUUAGCUGGUGAGAGUGACCUCUUGCGCAGAAUUCAAAAGAAACUGGAAAGAGACGAAUUUCGGUUAAUGCGAGAAAAGAUUGUCGAAACUAUACAUCCAGAUGCGAGAUCAGUAACUGGAUACACAUCUUCGAAUAUGCAACGUUGCUUUGCUAUCAAAGCAGGAAUUAGCGAUCUGUUGGAUGUUGCUCGACAAACCUAUUGCGAAUUAAUCGAUGAUAUGAAAACUAUGGUGGAAAAUUUGGCAUCCAAACACAACUUAACUUUGUCUCUAAACUGUAAUGCUUCUCUGGGCUAUCAUAUUCAAGCGAUAUUGCCGCGAAAUUUAAAUACUGAAAACUUUAAUCUACCAUCCGAAUUCAUAGAGGUACGGAAGAAUAAACGAACGUAUACGAUGACUACCAAUGCGCUUGUGACAUUGAGUCAACAGUGUACAAUCGCAUGUGAGGAAUUGCACUUAAUGAGUAACGUGCUUCUCGCUAACUUGCUACAAAAUAUUCGAGAAUACAUUGGCAGUAUGUUCCAAUUGAAUGCAGAUGUCGCAGAGCUGGACCUGAUAACAUCCCUUGCUCAAGUCAGUUCUCUUCAGACAUAUACGAGACCAUUGUUUGGAUCUAAAUUGGAAUUAGUUGAAUCAAGGCAUCCAAUAAUGGAUGUUUUUAGUCUGGAUGGUCCCAUACCUAAUGAUGUUAAUGCAUCGAUACCUCGGAAUCUAUAUGUAAUUUCUGGACCUAAUAUGAGUGGCAAGUCGACUUAUCUUAAACAAAUUGUUUUGUUGCAUAUAAUGGCACAAAUUGGUUGUUUUGUACCAGCCAAGAAAGCGAUGUUUCGCAUCACAGACCUCAUAUUCUGUAAGAUAGCCAUCCGCGAUGAUAUCGAAUGCAACGCUUCCACGUUUGCUCUCGAAAUGAAGGAAGCCCAGUAUAUUUUACGUUGUGUUACGGCAAGAUCGCUCAUCAUUUUGGACGAAUUGUGUAAGGGUACUGCCAUUGAAGAAGGCGCUUCAAUCGCUUGGGCCAUAUGCGAAAAACUUUUGAAUACAACUGCUUUUAUUUUUGCUGCAACUCAUUUUUCUUAUCUAACGAAAUUAGCAAAUCUAUACUAUAAUGUGACAAAUCUACAUUUUGAAACGACAAACGUUCGAGGAGCGGAAACUGAUAAUUGCUCCCACCGAUUAACCUAUACUCAUCGAUUAAAAUCCGGUGUGGCGGCAUAUUCUGACGAUUAUGGCAUCCUUUUAGCUGAAUUAUCUGGUUUGCCAAAGGCAGUUACGGAAAAGGCACGAAGAUAUGGUUCUGAACGAGUGGUUACGGAUCAAGUCACAGCUAAAUCGAUUGUAUGGGAAAAAACAUGUUAUAGCAUUCUAGUUAAGUUGUACGAACUUUUAGAGACUGAAAAGUUUCAUCAGGAGCAAGUGAUCUUACUUAUCCGACGCUUCGUAAAUCUUUGGAGACAUCAAGAUUGCAAAGACACUGUACAAGAAGAGAAGAAAACGACAAAUGAAAAUGACAUCAACACACAGAAAAGCAAUGGAAAGGAUAUCGACACACAGAAAAGCAAUGGAAAGGAUAUCGACACACAGAAAAACAAUAAAAAGGAUAUUGACACACAGAAAAGCAAUGAAAAUGAAUACGUAGAAGAUAUCGUAUCCAAUAGAACGAAUAUCAUAUAUUCUGGAAAAAAUUGUAAUGAAACGGAACGACACGAUACCUAUGAAACUACAAUUUAUACAAAUACCAGGUCGAAAGAGAUUCCUCUUGUCUUGUCUAAUACUGCAGGUACCGAUAUCUCAAUGAAGGCACAUCAGAUACAAAGUGAAACUCUUAAUUUUGAGAAUGAUUCGUCCAGCAUAAAACAUAACCAGUAUUACAUUUCAUCGAAUCACUCGUUCAAUUCGAUCGAUCCUACAUCUUCUUAUUUAGUACCAACUGAGAAUAUUUCGAACAAAUCUGACAAAAUUUCGUUAUCGUCGGAUUAUGUAAAAUUUCAUAAACAGUUUCUGGAAGCCUGUGCUUCUACAGGUCCUAUUAUCGAUAAAACUAUUCCAUCUCCAUCGUUUAUUCCAUCGAACGAGUUAUCAUCAGUAUCGAUGUCAAUGAUCGAAAAAUCAACAUCACAAUUGUUCGAAUGCUGUCUCUCGGAUGAUGAUUUCGAACUACCCGAUGUUUCUUGCAGCUCAGUUCUUACAAAUUCAAGUCAAUUGACGAUUAACAGAACUUAAGUGGCUAGGUCCAAAGUUAUCACUUAUCUUAUUUUCCUUGAUACACGUUAGAAGUACAUUCAUAAUAUUAUAGUAAGCAAUAUUAUUCGUUUCGUUUUACUUUAUGUAUACUCCCUUAUUUUUUUGUAGUUUUCUUUUAGAAAUAGCGCUAUCAAACGUAUUGGUCUAAUGUCAGCACAGAUAUGUCUAUGGACUAAAUGAUUAAAAGUACUAGGAUUCACAUAUUUGUCUCAUUUUUUCCUUUAUUCUUGUCCCAUUUUCUCACUCUUUAUAUUCGCAAAAUUAUUUGCUUUUACAUUUGAAGCAUAGCUAUUCGCUUUUUCUUUUUACCGUCAGAUUUAUUUCCCGUAUCUUCCUCUCUUUUAAGCUUUUUUAUUUAUUUACGUCCAUUUUUCCACCCUCCCACGCUUUCUUUUCCUCUUUUCACCUUCUUCCUUCGCUACUCAAACCUUCCAUAUCCUUUUGUAGCAUUCUUUUUUCUUUUCUUCUUCUCCAUUCCUUUUCCCACCUCUUAUUCUUUAUUCUUUCCUCUUGCCAUCAAAUUGUUACAUAUCUAGUUGACAAAUGAAUAUUAAAUAGAAGUGUCACACUACCGGUGUAUAUGUAUUACUUGAGAUGCAUGUAACUUGAGAUGAAU